CCUCCUGCAGCAGGAGCAGCAGCAGCUGCGAGUGCGCGCCUGUGGGUGUGAGGUGGAGAGCGCUGGCGCUGGCCACAGCGCCCUGCCUAGCUCCCUGCCAGCUUUCCUAGCCCCCGCCUGUGGGAGCCGCCCUCCCGUGGGACCAGCACCCUUGUCUCGGCAAGGCAAGCCUGAAUCCUGCCCCUGCCAUCUCGCCACUGCAGUGUGGGUCCGGAAAGGCACCAUUUUGUCGCGGCUGCCCGCUCUCCCAAGGGAGGAGGGCUCUCUUUUUUGCAUUUUGAAGCCACUGCCUACCAAGGGGAACCUGUUGGGCAUCUCCCCAGCCCCGCUUGGGAGUGCCUCCUGGGCAGUCGAGCAGGACCAGACCUCUUGUGGGGGACCAGGGCUUCCUGGUACCCGGAGGCAGAGGAGGCAGGCACAGCAUCCUCGCUGGGAAUUGGAGCUGAAGCUCGGACCAUGGUGCAGUCCCACUGGCUCCCCUGCCCCCCUCUCCUGUGAGACUGGCUGCGGGGUGGGAUCAUGGAUACUUGUCUGCCGGCUUCUGGUUCCCACGCAAGUAAGCCUGCUGUCAAUGGAGGAGGACAUUGAUACCCGCAAAAUCAACAACAGUUUCCUGCGCGACCACAGCUAUGCGACCGAAGCUGACAUUAUCUCUACGGUAGAAUUCAACCACACGGGAGAGUUACUAGCGACAGGGGACAAGGGGGGUCGGGUUGUAAUAUUUCAGCGAGAACAGGAGAGUAAAAACCAGGUUCACCGUAGGGGUGAAUACAAUGUUUACAGCACAUUCCAGAGCCAUGAACCCGAGUUCGAUUACCUGAAGAGUUUAGAGAUAGAAGAAAAAAUUAAUAAGAUAAGAUGGCUCCCGCAGCAGAACGCGGCUUACUUUCUCCUGUCGACCAAUGAUAAAACUGUGAAGCUGUGGAAAGUCAGUGAGCGCGAUAAGAGGCCAGAAGGCUACAACCUGAAAGAUGAGGAAGGCCGGCUCCGGGAUCCUGCUACCAUCACGACCCUGCGGGUGCCCGUCCUGAGACCCAUGGACCUGAUGGUGGAGGCCACCCCACGAAGAGUGUUUGCCAAUGCGCACACAUACCACAUCAACUCCAUAUCCGUCAACAGCGACUAUGAGACCUACAUGUCUGCUGAUGACCUGAGGAUUAAUCUGUGGAACUUUGAGAUAACCAAUCAGAGUUUUAAUAUCGUGGACAUCAAGCCAGCCAACAUGGAGGAACUCACAGAGGUGAUCACGGCAGCCGAGUUCCACCCCCAUCACUGCAACACCUUUGUAUACAGCAGCAGCAAGGGGACAAUCCGGCUGUGCGACAUGCGGGCAUCCGCCCUGUGUGACAGGCACACCAAGUUUUUUGAAGAGCCAGAAGAUCCAAGCAACAGAUCGUUUUUCUCUGAAAUUAUCUCUUCCAUUUCGGAUGUGAAGUUCAGCCACAGUGGGAGGUAUAUCAUGACCAGAGACUAUCUGACCGUGAAAGUCUGGGAUCUCAAUAUGGAAAAUCGCCCCAUCGAGACUUACCAGGUUCAUGACUACCUCCGCAGCAAGUUGUGCUCCCUCUAUGAAAAUGACUGCAUUUUUGAUAAAUUUGAGUGUGUAUGGAAUGGGUCCGACAGUGUCAUCAUGACCGGCUCCUACAACAACUUCUUCAGGAUGUUCGACCGCAACACCAAGCGUGAUGUGACGCUUGAGGCCUCGAGGGAAAACAGCAAGCCCCGGGCUAUCCUCAAACCCCGAAAAGUGUGCGUCGGGGGCAAGCGAAGAAAAGACGAGAUCAGUGUGGACAGUCUGGACUUUAGCAAAAAGAUCCUGCAUACAGCUUGGCAUCCUUCAGAAAACAUUAUAGCAGUGGCGGCUACAAAUAACUUAUAUAUAUUCCAGGACAAGGUUAACUAGGAGGACAAGCUAUUACUUAGUCUCACAUACUGAAUACUAGUCAAACGAGUUUUUAAAUGUUUCUUUGGGUCUUCAUUUGAUGCAUUGCAUUUUAUUUCCCUAUGCAUAAAACAAUUGGAAUAGGAUUAAAAAGGAGUUCAAUGUUCCCAGCUCCCCAAUUCUAAGAAACUUUUGUCCAACUCGGUAAGCUCGGGCCACUUCUCUUUAGAACCGAGAGCUGCCAACUGGCACUAAUUCUCCCAUAGUCGACUUGAAUUUCUGAUGCAUUCAUCAUUGCCCAGUUUUCUCUGGUGGGUUCCGUGUUUUGUUUCUAGGUGUCUGCUGCGAUAAAAAUGAGAUUGUCUGUAGUAUUUAAGGCGAAGAAAUAAGGUUUUUUUUUUAAUUAAAAGCAAUUCCAUUUGUUUGAAAAAAAUCAACAAAAAAUAAACACUGUUUACUCUUA